AUGGGGAGGGGAGCGGCGCCAGAAGCAGCUGCGCGCCCCGCCCCGCGGGCUCCUCCCCGCCGCCGCGGCCCCUUAGCUGCUGCCCCGAUGCGCUGUGCCCGAAGCCGGGACCUAGUAGUCACCAGAGCAGUUGGGGCACCCGGGCUGUCGCCGCCGCUCCUCACACCCCUCGCAGACCCCAUUGGCCGCAUGGAGUCUCCCGAAGGCGCUGGUCCGGGAGAGAUCGUUAAGGAAGUCAAGGUACCACAGGCUGCCCUGAGUGUCCCAGCUCCUGAGACGGGGGACACUUGCCAUACACCUGUGGCAGAGGAGGAGGAGGUUGGCAUCCCAAUACCGGCACCGGGGUUCCUGCAGGUCACGGAGAGGAGGCAGCCUCUGAGCAGUGUCUCCUCUCUGGAGGUCCACUUCGAUCUCCUGGACCUCACUGAGCUGACCGACAUGUCUGACCAGGAGCUGGCUGAGGUCUUUGCGGACUCCGACGACGAAAACCUUGCCACUGAGUGCCCGGCAGGUCUGCACCCACUAUCUCGGGCCAGCUGCCUACGCUCGCCGUCCUGGACAAAAACCAGGGCGGAACAGAACCGUGAGAAACAGCCCCCCGGUGACCCAGAGCGGCAAGGGACAAUUGUGGACACAUUCCUCACUGUGGAGGAGCCCAAGGAAGAUUAGCUCAUCUCCUUCUGUUCCAGAGUUGCUGAAGGGCUGGGCCGGACCACCAUGGUGGCACCGUGGCACAGCACUGGCACAAGGGGCACUCUGCCAACUCUAAGACUGCAGCCAUCACCCCUGACAAUGUGUCAAAGUCCGGGUGCCAGGCUUGGGCCUCUGGGUGCUCUGGCACAAGUCUGGCCCAGUGGCCUUCG